UCAGAGUUCAGGGUUCGGCGUUUUGUCAGUAGUCCGGUGCAUUCACGCCCCAGCCGCCGCGAAGCGUCUUUGGUUCCAGACCCCGCGAGGUCCCUGGCUUCGAAGCCGCCGAAGGCAUCGCUUAGCAGGUGCGGGGACCGGACGGCGCGGAGAGAAGGCUUUCCGCUUCUCCGACUUCGGUUUCCAGCCAGGCGCGGCCAUCCGGGAUCUGCGCAAAAUCGUAAACGCUGCUUGGAGGAUGGCCUCAGAUCUAGAACAGCUAUGCUCUUACGUUAAUGAGAAGAUUGACAAUAUUAAGAAAAUUCUGUUGAUAAGAAAUCUUGGCCAAGAACCUGCCUUGAAGACCACCUUAGGUAAAAUAGGAGAUGAGAUCAUUACAAUAAAUGAACUUCUAAAUAAAUUUGAAUUGGAAAUUCAGUAUCAAGAACAAACCAACAGGUCACUUAAGGAGCUCUGUGAAUCUCUUGAAAGCGAUUUCAAAGCUGUGGAGCAUCUCAGAGAACACAUUCCUUCCUAUCUGCCACAAGUGACAGCCGCCGAGAGCUUGGUUAACAGAGCUGAUCCGGAUCCUACAGAGCCAGUCAACGUUGAGGAACCUGUCCCGGCAAAGAAGCCUCCCAAAGAACAGAGAGUAAUUAAGGAAAUGCAAUUUGUAACGACUGAUGAAUUCAGUGGUGUUCCUGCGUACAUGAAAUCCCGUUUGACAUAUUGUCAAAUUAAUGAUGUUAUUAAAGAAAUUAAUAAGGCAGUGGUUAGUAAAUACAAGAUUAUACAUCAACCAAAAGCAUCUAUGACUUCCGUGAAGAGAAAUCACUACCAAAGAUUUAUUAAUGAAGAAACGAAGGACACAAAAGGUCGUUUUUUCUUCGUGGAAGCUGACUUAAAGGACUUCACGAAUUUGAAAACCGACAAGAGGCUGUACGCGAUCUUGAACAUCUUGCGGCAUUGCCAGAGACUAUCAGAGGUUCGAGGAGGGGGACUCACCCGCUAUGUCCUAACCUGAGGCGUUUGCAAGCUCGGGACUGA